UUAUAUAAAUGGACAAUUACAGGAGCUCAUGCAGCCGGCCUCAACAAGUUGCAGUGCCCUUCACACCCAUCUCUCCCUCACUUCCUCCCAUACACACACACACACAGCUUCAAGCGCAGCUCGGAGAGGGCCGGCGUCCAUGGCGGGAAAGCUGGAGGCCGGCGGCGGUGACGGCGAGUACACGCAGGACGGCACCACCGACCUCCACGGCAACCCCAUCCUCCGGUCCGAGCGAGGAGGCUGGCGAGCCUGCUCCUUCGUCGUAGUGUACGAGGUGUUCGAGCGGAUGGCCUACUACGGCAUCUCGUCGAACCUGGUGCUGUACCUCACGAAGCAGCUGCACCAGGGCACGGUGCUGUCCGCCAACAACGUCACCAACUGGGUGGGCACCAUCUGGAUGACGCCCAUCAUCGGCGCCUACAUCGCCGACGCGCACCUCGGCCGCUACCGCACCUUCAUGGUCGCCUCCGUCAUCUACCUCCUCGUAAGUUUCUCAUCUCACCUCGGUGCUCCUCCAUUGCUGGCAACCUCCCCUCCGCCGCCGGCCACCGGAAACCGGCCCUCCGCCGUCGGCAACCGCCCCCACGACUCCGGCAGCCGCCCCUCCGCCGUCGGCAACCGCCCCCACGACUUCGGCAGCCGCCCCUCCGCCGCCGGCAACCGCCCGAUUCGCCGCUGCCCUCCGCCCGCUCCGUCGCCGCCAUAUAUCCCUGCCCGUCGGCGACUGUAG